GACAGGAUAUAAAAAAAAAAGAUUGUGUUCUUGACAAGUGAUAGAUCACGAACCAGACGAAAAACUAUUAUGAAAUUAUAGUAUUACAUUCUAUCAUAUACAGAUUUAUAUAAAGACCAGUUGUUCCCUCAGUAUUAUAUUAUUUCCAUUGUGCCUAUCGUAUAAAAUUUUUUCAUCUCAGAAUUUUUGUACAUUCGUGCUUUACGAUUGUUUUCAUCGCGAUAUAAAUGUCUUAUUUCCGCACAGUUUUCAAAUUAAAGAAGCAGAAAAAGGAAGUUGUCAUAGAAAACCACCAACUUUAUCUUCCUCCUUAAACUGCCGCAAUUCAACUGCCCGCGAGAACUGAUCAUGCGACUAAAGAAUGAUUAAUAAUGCAAGAGCUCUACACAACCGAUGAUAACUUGUUCUCCUUCCAUUGGACUAACUUUUCCCCAAAUGUAAAAAAUAUCCACAUACUCCAUAUUUCUCACGCUUACCAUAAAGUUCUCUUAGUGCCGUCCCUUUUUCGCAAUGUAUCGUUGAGUAAAAAAGUUUACAUAUACGUGAUCACAACUAUAAAUGAAUGUUGUGAUGCUAAAGAGAAAAAGAACACGAACUAAUAAAAGCGAUGGACUUUCUGCGACCAUUAUACAUUUUCAUGAUCAUAAUUUAUUUACUCACCACUUUGCCUAACAAAGUACAUCAACAAGAUGAGAAUGCAUGCUCUUGCACGUCACACACAUUUUGGUUCUCACAAUAUGUACGAUAAUGCAAUAGAACUUUUGCGUUUGGAGAAUUAUGUCUUAGAUAUGCUUCGUACAAGUCAGAUCGUCCUUCAUGGAUGAUAAGAGACAGUACUCCUUUGGCCUUGGACAUGGAACAUUCAACCGGAUACAAUGAUUUGGAGUGGGCGAUUGGUCUAAAUCGGCUCAUGUUGAAAAUCAUCGGAUUGUGGCCACCGGACAAUCGAGAUCCUCAUGAGACCAUAAAAUCGAAAUUUCGGCUAUUGUGCAGCAUUAUCAUAAUGCUUUUCAUACUGACAAUACCAACUUUUGCAUCGCUAAUAAAAAUAUGGGGCAACAUGAUGCUAAUGAUAGAUAAUUUGAUAUACAGUCUAACCCUGCUCAUUGCUCUAUACAAAGUUUUUAUUAUAAGGUACAAACAAAAAGAUUUAGCGCCUCUAAUUGAUAUGAUCGCGACAGACUGGAUGAAACCAAAGAUAAAAGAGGAGAGGAACGUUAUGCUAAGGCUUGCAAAGAUCAGUCGUAUAAUCGCUAUAUGUGGAUGUCUCCUGCCAUUCAUUCCAAUGAUAGUUUGUUUCACUCUUAUAUAUUUUGAACUGACUCUCAGACACGUGACGAAUCUGACAGACUCUGGUAAACCUUUGAUGGUACAAACAUAUUAUUUACACAACGUUUCCAAAAGCCCGCAGUUCGAAUUGACGGUUGUGGCCCAAGGAGUUGCUUUGUUCAUAACAUGUGUCUCCUAUUAUGCAAUCGACCAUUUUCUCGGGCUAUUAGUCUUGCACAUAUAUGGCCAGAUGGAGAACCUGCAUAUCCGAUUGACACAUAUGGAACGAUAUACAAACUUUGAUUCAGUUUUUAAAUACAAUGUCCAGGAUCACAUCCGCUUAAUCAGGUACACAAAAUCAUCAAGGCUAUAUGUAUAA